AUGGCCGCGGGCGCGGGCGGGUGUCGCCUCAGAGUCGCAGGCGGUGAAAACAAAGACGCAGGCGGCGAUCCCGACACAAUGCGGGUAGCGGAACGGGGUCGGACGGGUUCGUGCUGGCGACGCCUGCAUUUGAACGGGACCGAGCCCGCCGCCCGAGCCCCGUGGCCAGAGAGCGUGCUGACCGACUCCCACGCGCGCGAGCGCGCCCCGCGACCCUGUGAGCCCGCGCAAGCAGCGGCAAGUGGCAGCAGCGCGCACGGGUGUUGGCGCGCGCCGGGCGACAGCAGGCGGUGGCGUCGAGGGUGGCGGAGACGCGUCUUCUCGACUGGAUUUCCUGUCUUCGCGGCGGCCAGCGAAGCCGGCGCGCGCGGAAAUACGGCGCGCACGGAAGGGCUUUGUGCGGUGCGCUGGCGGAUCGCUAGCGGAUAUAACAGCUCGGUCGGUGUCGAGAGGAACGAGGGCGGGACCGGCUCCGGCUUUCGUGCCGACAGAGCUCGCGACGAUAAGCACUGCCCGAAGGCGCAGCUGAUGAUGCUUGACGGCAUCUUGAGACAAGCCCUAACCCUGCUCUUGGUUGCCUUGCGAACCUUGAAAAGCGCUUGGGAGGCAGCACGGCCCGGGGCCACCUGCAAGCAGAAUGUGGUCAGCCCGAGCUGGAACCAACACGAAUGA